CUUGCAUUCUUCGCUCUUGAACUUAGCUUGAUCGAUUGACUUGCAUUUGGGCAACAUACGAUUUUCAAAGUCAUACAUUCCAGGCAUUCUGUUUCCAUUGCUCCCUCAGGAAAGAUCGAUCAUAUAAACCGCCGUGUCCACCGUGAUCCCAAUGACUGAACCCGUGCGUAUUUACAGGCAGGGGGCUGACACCAUCCCUCCUCAUCCAGGCAGCGAUUGGACUCGCUUUGUCUGCAUCUCAGAUACCCAUUCUCACACCUUUCACAUACCCACCGGCGACGUUCUGCUGCAUGCUGGUGACUUGAGUAGCUGGGGUAGCCUUUCGCAAUUAACUGUCACAGUCGAAUGGUUGAAAUCAUUGGAUCACCCCGUGAAGAUGCGCAUUACGCUAAUUUGCAAUGGGCUAAGCAUGGUCGCAGGCAAUCAUGACCUUUGUCUUGACGAGAUGUGGGCUCAGCCAAUAUAUGGCCUCCUGCCAGAAGAGGUCCAGCAAGCACGGACCUAUGUACGGAGUCAAACAGCAGCAGGUCUGCACUACAUUGAGCAUGAACCCUUUCGAUUCAUGUUAUCUUCGGGGCGCCAAUGGAAGGUCUAUGGAUCACCGGCUGCUCCAUUAUACGCUCAAGGAUCAUUCCAGUACGAGACUCCAGAUGAAGCACGAGUGAUUUAUAACCGUGUACCCAACGAUACAGAUAUCCUGAUCACACAUACACCUCCUUUCAUGACUUUGGACAGAACAAGGAAGGGCAAGCACGCUGGAUGCCAUGUCCUGUCGAACAAAUUAGCGGAACUGCGGAACUGCCGGCUGCAUGUCUUUGGCCACAUCCAUGAAUGUGCUGGAGCGCAAAUCAACACGCAUGACCCAUUCAGACUGGUCGACAGGGUGUCCGUGAAUGCGGCCAUGGCUGUGACGAAGAAGGCGAUCGUCGUGGACCUACUGAAUUGAUGAAACACCCUGGACUACAGAUAUCAUGUACACUUAGUAUAAACAAGCGGUGACCUUUGGUCAUUGCUUUAUUACAAAGUCAAACUUUUGUACACUAUAUUUGCACCAAUUUCUCUUCGUUUCCUCUUGAAACUCGACGGCUUUUGACACGGGACAUAUGCAAAAUGAUCUGUUCUGAAAUCGAGAACUG